AUGCAGUCAAUCUCUUGUCACUGUCAGUGGAAAGAAGACCUUCGGGAUCCCCUUCAGCCUUACAACACAAUCUGUGAAGUUACAAGUGGCCUUCCCAGCAUGUACCGAAUCUCUCAACUCACAUCCACACCAGUAGCAAGUUCUCCUAGACUGGAAAGAGAAUCAAGUGGAACUUUUUCACCAAGAUGCAUUUUUCCAAGAUAUACUUGUACUUUUCUGGAUGGUGACCCACCAGUGGAAUGUUAUUCCACAAAUCCUUUGACAGGUUCCCAUUUCAUCUGCCGCCGAAGCCCCCGGCUCCUCACCAAUGGCUAUUACAUUUUGACAGAAGACAGCUUUCUUUCUGACGAAGAUGGCAACAUAACUCUCAGUCCCACUCAGACAAGUGUCAUAUACAAAGAGAAUUUGGUCAGCCAGCAGAUGACAUUGGCUGGUCAUUCUGAAUUUUCUCCUGCAUCCCAACCAUGGCUGUCAGAGAAACAAACUCCAGCAUCUGCUGAAGUCUCAUCAUCCAUCAAUGUAGUUCUUCAGCGUUCUAGAGAGAAUCUCUGUGUCGUGCCUUCUCAGUCCCAGCGGAUUAUUCCAGAUCAUUUCCAAAAGGAAAUUUUACAUCAUUCACAGUCCAGUACAUCUGGAGAGGUCUUUUUUCCAGUAAUCGUGUUCACAACGUUCUUAAUCAUUUCAGCAUGCAUGAGAUGCUCUCUGGGAGGAUUAAUCACUGCCCUUUUGACAUUUUCAUUGAUGUUCAUCAUAAUUUAUCUUAUCAAGUCAUUGCUUCCCAGCCCUGUCAGAUCUUUCAAAACUACUGACCCAGAAUGGUCCAGCCCAAGUUCAAUGAGGCUCAACAUCCAGUUGGCCACAGGGUGA